AGCUGCGGAAGCGGCCGUUGGUCCCGGAGAUCUGGGAGAUAAGCGGGGCGUGUGUGGACAGAAGGAUAUACGAGAGGAAGAUCUGUGGGGCUGGAUCAGGCUUGAGAACGUUCCCCAAGCAGCCGGCCGCGAUAUCUCCCGGUUUUUAAUAGCCCUGCCGUCUUACGUUGUGGGUCUAAACUAUUUUUAAGCCCGCGGCUGACCCUUCAUUUUACUACAUGAAAGUGAUUUUAAUAUUAUAUUCGUCCUGUCUCUUGGGACAGUGGAUUUUUCGAAGCAGGUGAAUUCAAGAUUUUUUUUUUCCCUUUUGGAUUCAAUUUUUUUUUAAAAAAAAGACUCGAGACUGAAAGUUCUUGCAGAUUACCUGCUUGGGGUUAUAUCAUUAGGUUCACAAAGUUGAGAUAGCAAGGAUCAAGACUACUAUGGAAGAUUUUGAUGGGGACUUCAGUGACAGAAAAGCCAUUAUGUCUGAAUUAUGUUGCAAUCAGAUUGCUGCAAACAUCCUGGUACAGGAUCUCAGAACCUUGGUGGCUUUUACUGACCCAGAGGAUGGAAUACUGGUUCAUACUCCAGAUGGUGGUGUUAAACAUUCUCUGAGAAACAGCUGAAAAAGGUAUUUGGCUGCAGAAAGACCCAAAUCAAGGCAGUAUAAACAAGUGAUCAUCAAGAAUGGGAGAUGAAGGUGCAGGCGAACCCUUUGUGGGUAUUGUGACUGAUGAAGGCACAGAUUACGAAGGCAUCCUUCCAUCAGAUACAGUUUCCCUGAGUGACUCAGAUUCAGAAGAUUUUGAGUUUGCAGGCAGUGCUGAAGUUGAUGUUGUGUCCCCUGAGGAGCCACUUCCAUCAGAUGAUGUGGAUUGUGAAUCAAAUAAGAGUGGGGACUCUUUGCACAGCAGCAAAAAAUCAGUUGUUCAGCCGUUUCAUUUGAAAGGCAUGAGCUCGAGCUUUUCACAGCGCAGCCAGAACAUUUUUGAUUGUCUGGAAGGAGCAGCCAAGCAGGCAGUGCCUUUGACAGGUGAAGACAAUGUCAUUGAUAGAAGGUUUAAACGCCCUCUGCCACCACUCAGCAUUUCAAACAAGACGCCUGCGGAAAGCUUUGGAAGAAAACGUGAGCCAAUUCAGUCCUAUAAAAGUUCCCCACCAGUACCUGAUUAUGUGGCCCAUCCAGAACGCUGGACCAAAUACAGUUUGGAGAAUGUUGCAGAAUGUAAUGAUGAUACCAACAGAUCAAUUGCUAUGGAGUUCUUUAGUGGCUUGAACAAGGGUAGGAAGGAACAAAGCUCAGCACAUCCUGAAAAUUAUGUACCAUCUUUCAACCAGGAUGCUUCUAGCUCUGGUGCAGGAAGAAUUGUCUUUAGCAAACCAGUAAAGACAGGCUUAGACAGAUCAGGGAAAAAAAGAGGAGCUUCAACAGAGGAAAAGUUGGAAGCCAACAUUAAUGCAAAUCAAGAGACCAGUGGAAGGCCUCUGGGUAACUUGGAUGCCCAGAAUAAAGGUGAUGUAGUUAUACUAGAUCCCUCAGAAAGCAAAGAAAGAGAAAAGGAAGAUUGGGGGCUGCUGAAAUUGGAAGAACAAGGUGCUCAAAGAGCCAACACAGAUUCUCCCGAGGAGCCUGAAGAGAAUGUGACAACAACCAUAGGGUUUCAUGGUAGCAAGAAAAGGAGUAGGAAAUAUUUCCGACCCAAAGCUAACCAUGAUGAAGAAGAAGAACCCUAAAAGCCAGAAACAUUGUAUUUGUCUUUUUCCAGUGAUAGCUUAUUCAAAAUA